AUGGUGUCCAGCAAGGUUGUGGCUACAAUGCUUGUGAUGUACAUAGCAACCAUGCUCGCUGCCCAGACAGAAGGCUUUGUCCCCAUUUUCACGUACAGUGAUGUCCAGAGAAUGCAGGAGAAAGAAAGGAAUAAAGGGCAAAAGAAAUCUCUGAGUGUGCAGCAGAGAUCAGAAGAGGGCAGUCCUAUGACUCUCAUGGGCUUCAAAAAGGAAGAAGAGAGGGAAAUGGUCAAGUUCUGCCAGGCCAAACAGAAGAAAGUUUUGUUGGAGGUGCUCCAUGAGUUGUAUAACUUCUUGGCCAUACAAGCUGGUAAUUUUGAAUGUGGAAAUCCCGAGAAUCUAAAGAGUAAAUGCAUUCCUGUUAUUGAAGCACAGGAAUACAUUGCAAAUGUAACCGGCAGUUCAUCAGCAAGGUUUGAAGCUGCAUUGACCUGGAUACUGAGCAGUAACAAGGAUGUAGGAAUCUGGUUGAAAGGGGAAGACCCAUCUGAGUCGGUGUCAACUGUGGACAAGGUAGUUUGCCUGGAGUCUGGCCGUCCCCGAAUGGGCUUGAGCUGCCGUCUCAGUCGGGCCCUGCUGACAGCCAUUACCACUGUUCUCCUUUUCUUCUGGGGCUUGACUUUUUUGUGGGGACUUCUGAUUCUUCUGAAAUAUCGGUGGCGGAAAUUAGAGGAAGAAGAACAAGCCAUGUAUGAGAUGGUGAAGAAAAUUAUAGCUGUAGUACAGGAUCAUUAUGUUGACUGGGAGCAGGAUAUGGAACGAUAUCCAUAUGUGGGCAUUCUUCACGUGCGGGAUACCCUGAUCCCACCCCAGAGCCGGAGACGCAUGAAGCGGGUCUGGGACAGAGCGGUGGAGUUUCUUGCAUCCAAUGAAUCCCGGAUUCAGACAGAGUCUCACAGGGUUGCUGGAGAAGACAUGCUGGUGUGGAGAUGGACUAAGCCCUCUUACUUCUCUGACUCUGAACGCUAAGUUCCCCAGGGAGGGUCAGACAUUCUUGUUCAGCCUGUCCCUCAGGACACUUUCUACCCUCAGCCCAACAGAGAGGGCUCCACAGAUCUGCUGGUGCUGAAUUCACACUCAUGCCUUGACUUCCUGACUUUUUCCACCCACGCAUUGCUCCCAUUUCUGAAGGUUAUGACCAGAAAUUUCCGAAAUGCUUAGCUUUUGAGGACUCUCUGGAUUUCCCUUGAGGGUUGGGGAGGAAACAAGUUGGGUCAUGUAGCUUAUCCUUGGUUUUUUUUUUCAGCAAGUAGAACUUGCCUCCCUUUCCAAUUCAGCACUCCUCUUUUCUAAUAGGAAGUGAGAGAACUGGGUUUCUCACACACAGAUGGAGGCCCAACAGCCCCACACGCAGCCUGAGAUGCAGUGAAAUGCAGUCAGUACCUUCUCCCUGGCAGUGCCUGCUGUCGCUCCCUGGUUGCACAGCCUCGGAGAAAUGCCUCCUGCGGUUGGAUCCAGGGUGGUGACUGAUGGGGGUUACAGCGAGGCCUUUAGGGGCUGCCUUGGGAGGCUGCACAGUGUGCUGACAUGAGAAGAGAAGAGGCUGCUUCCUUAGGAAUCCAGCCUUCCUUUUCAGACAAGGGGAGGGAAGAAAAGAGGGGCCAGGAAACCUGAGGUGCAUCUGGGAAGCCCAGGCCAGGGCCCCGGGAUCUGGUGUGGGGCAUCACUGAGGGUGUGAGGGGGAGGCACCAGCUGCUGCACCAUCCUGCAAUAGAUCUGGAGGCAGUUAUGAGCAGAGCAGACAUUUAGGCACUGGAACUCAACAGGUUUAAAUUUUAAUACUUUUUUUCCUCACAAAGUUGGCUUUCCUAAGGUGGUGGCAUCCAUUCUGUGGUGGUUCUCAUUAGAAAUAGUCAUUUUCAGUUGGACUAGCGACCUCACCAGCACCGUCUCCCUACUGUAGAGGGAAUCCUUAUUCUGAGGGAUAACUGUGGCAGGGCCAAGGGUGUCUUCUGUGUUGUCAGACCAUCCUAUUCAGCCCCCAGGGCCGCUGCUUCCUCCACAACCUAGAAAUCUUUCCAGGGAGGCUUCUGCACCUCCGUCCCCUGCUGGCCACAUCAAAGAGUUGCAGAGGCUCCGGCCUCCCCAUUCUGAGAUGGCAGAACUUCAUUACCUACCUCCUGCUGGCUCAUCAACUCAAUCAGAACAGAGAAGGAAAGCUCCAGAAACAGACCGGCGGGGACUCUUAUUAGUUAAGUAGGAAAGAUCCCACACCAACUUGAAUCUUAUCCCCAUAUGUUCUCAUCUGUGGCAGGAAUGAGGUAUCGGAACAAAAAGAAAACCAACAGCUGUCUCGGAAAGACAUUAACCAGCUCUUUCUGAUCUUAGUGAUUUUUUUCUUAAUAAAAUUCCAGUAUCCCAUAUUUUAGCAAUACUGUUUCCUCUGAGUUGUAUGAUCCAUGGUGCCUGUAAUCUUGAAUUCCAGCUCAAUUGUGUAGAAAUGUCUUUAUAAUCAGGCUCGAAAUGAACUUCGGCAUUGGCGACUAAAUUGCUGAAGGAAUAGCACUAUUUAUUAAAAACCAAUUUGUCUCUUU